CGACGGGCAGUAACGACGCACACUUACGAGGUUGAGGGGACGUGACGUGGUGUAGUAUAGAGGAGCAUGAAGCAGUGACUGCAUAUACUUCUGAGGUUGAGGGGAAAGGGUCGUGUUCUAGAUCAGCAGGCUGUCAUGCCUAAAUAGUGCACGCCAAACCUAAAUUAGCGGAUCUAAACUAUGGCGCUAAGAAGGCUGAAAGACGCACCGCUUCCCGUCUGAUGGUGUACUAUUCUAAAAUGAGGUUUAUAUUAAGUGUCGGCUCUAUGAGGAUGGCAUCAAUUGCUUACUCCGCUAAACCCCGACUGAGAGCGGAGCGGCAAGGCAGUUUGGACGAAUAAACCACAACUGCGUACUCGCACUCGCACUAGCAUUAUUUAUUUCUCAAUCUGCAUGGUUAGCGAUAAAUAUCGUAGGUUGCGACAAUCUUUUGCUUCAAGUCAUAUUGCGCUCCUCUGCCUUUACUUCCAUAUCAACGCCAAGGCUGGCAAUAAUCAUACUAGAGUUCACUCAUGCUCAACACCGUCAAUCGCCUUAGUUAAACCAGGAUAGCCCAACAACAAAACAAACGCCAAAUUUGGCAUCGAAACCAUGAACAAACUAGCAGCAUUCUCCGAUCUCCCCCUUGAAAUAAUCCAUCUGAUCGCAGACCAAGUCUUGGACCCCCACGACCUACUCUCCCUUCUCCGCGUCCUCCCUCACCUUGCCUCCUCCCUCUCCCCCGCACAAAUCCGUGCCUCCGGCGAAAACAAGGAGACAAUCCUUCACCUCGCCGCCGAACGAGGAGACUCAGCCCUUCUAACCACCCUCCUCGCCAACCCCUCCACAGACCCCAACCCCCUCGCCACCAUCCCCUUCUUCACCUUCAGCAACUCCCCCGACGGCCGCACACUCCCCGGCCGCCGCUACCCCGGCCUCAACCGCACGCCCCUCUCCCUAGCCGCCCACGCCGGGCACCUCGCAGCCGUGCAAUCCCUCCUCGCCCACCCCUCCACCAUCGCCGACAUCAUCCCCGAAGCCGCUUUCAUGCGCACGCUCUCCUCCCUUGCCCUCGCCGCCAGCGCCGGCCACCUCGCCAUCACCGCCCUCCUCCUCACGCGACCUGAUGUCCGCGCCGAGAGCCGAGGUGCUGCCCUCGGAUGGGCCGCGAUGCACGGGCAUACACCUGUCGUGGCCCUAUUCCUAGCGCGCGACGACGUCAACCCAAAUUUCCAGGAGCAUCGUACCCUUCGGACGCCGCUAGCGCUUGCCGCGAUGGGGGGCCACGUCGACGUCGUCGCGAUGCUGCUGGCACGUGAUGAUGUAGCUGCCGACAUGCUCUGCAGGGAAAGGGCCACGCCGUUGUGCUUAGCGGCGCGGAUGGCGCAUCGGGAUGUUGUGGAUAUGUUGCUAGAGCGGGGGGAUGUGGAUCCUAAUGGCGUUUCGGAGACGGCGGCGACGCCGCUGAUAUGCGCGAUGACUAGGGGCCAUGCGGAGGUGGUGGAGACGCUCCUGAAGAGGGAGGAUGUGAGAGUUGACCAGCGCGAUGGGAAGGGGAAGACGGCUUUGUUGUGGGCGGUGCAGCUGGGGAGGGUGGAGGCGGUGAGGGUGCUUUUGCAAAGGAAGGAUGUGGAUGUGAAUGCACGCGGCUCGGAUGGGACGCCGGUUCUAGGACUGGCGGCAAGGCAUGGGUGGGCGGCGAUGAUUCCGUUGCUCUUAAAGCGCGAGGAUUUGGAUAUGAAUAUUCGCGAAGAGGGGUCCGGGGCGACGGCUUUGGCUAUUGCGGCGUUCAAGGGUGAGGUAGAGGUCGUUAGGUUGCUGUUGCGGGGGGGGUUGGAUGCUAAUGCGCGAGAUUAUGAUGGGGUUACGCCGCUUAUGUUGGCGGCGAAGUGGGGGAGGAUGGAGGUGGUGAAGAUGCUCAUGGAGUGUGAGGGGGUGGAUUUUAAUGCGCAUGAAGUUAAGGGGAAGUCGGUUCUGGCUGCGGCGGCGGAGUCGGGGCAGGUUGAGGUGGUGAGGUUGCUGUUGGAAGGGGGGAGUGUGGAUGUGAAUGCGCCGGAUAUGAGCGGUCGCACGGCGCUGGCUUUGGCGAUGGAUGAUAAGGGAAGGAGUGAGGUUUAUCCGUUGGGGGGGAAGAGUGAUUACGAUGCUGUGGUAAAGUUGUUACUGGAGCAUGGUGGUGUGUCGCAGAUGAUAUGAUGUCGGUGUUUAGGCGGUAGUUUAUCCCAGUGAAAGAUACCAAAAAGAAAUGAAGUAUAGUAUGAUGGGGUAGUUUAGAGCGAAGUUGGAAUGAGAGAGUAAGUUCCUUAAUUAAUAUUUUAAAUUAACAAUUACAUUAGAGGUUUAGGAACUAGAUAGAGAG